AUGAUACUAGAUACCCAUACCGAGGAGUCUCAAAGACUCACCAAUUUAUCUCACCUGAAAAGGAAUACUGAUGUAAACGAUGGGUCAGUAAUAAUGAGUCCCAUACCCCAAACUUUUUCUGAUGAUGAUGAUGAUGAUACAAAAGAAAAGAGAGUGGUGGAAACAGAGGGAAAGUGUUAUGACGAGACAUAUAUCCAAAAUGAGAAGUUCUUGGAUGACACAAUAUCUUCAGAUUUCGAUAUGGUCGAGCUUGAAGCAAAUGAUGAGAUUUUACACAAGAAAAUGAAACUAAUCAAUGAUGCCAUUGACGAAAUAGGAUUCACUCCAUACCAUCUCAAGCUUUUUUUCCUUAAUGGUAUGGGCUAUUGGACAGAUACACAGCUCACUUAUUUGGAAAGUACUGUGCGUAUGUUUAUCAAUUACCAAUGGGGCUACAAGUUCCCGGUUAGUGCUGAGUGCUAUGCUGGUGGUAUGAUGCUUGGCGCUUUGGUAUGGGGAUUUGGUGCUGAUUUAAUUGGAAGAAAACUCGCAUUCAAUUUGUCGUUACUUCUUAGUGCUAUAUUUGCCAUAAUGACAGGUAUGAUGGGAAAUAUGGCAAGCUAUUGUUUAUUUGUUCUUCUUUCAGCAUUUGCUGCUGGUGGUAAUUUGGUGCUUGAUGCAUGUGUUUUUUUAGAAUACCUUCCAUUUAAACAUCAGUGGUUACUCACAUUUUUUGCAUUGUUUUGGGGUAUAGGACAAACAGUUGCUGUUGCUUUAGGUUAUGCCUAUUUGCCAAAUAAUAGUUGUGACUCCUAUGAAAAUUGUCCCCUGGGAUCAAAUAAAGGUUGGAGAUACGUAUGGUAUACUAAUGGAUGUAUUGUUCUUGCAAUGGCGAUAUUAAGAAUCACUGUUAUUCGGUUAAAGGAAACUCCGAAAUUUUUGGUUGUCAAUAAUCGUGAUGCAGAAGCAAUACAAGUUCUUCAUUCAAUAGCUCACAAAUAUAACCGUUCAUGCUCAUUAACUUUAGAACAAUUGCAAUCUUGUGGGGAAAUCGAAAGUAACGAAGAUUACAGAAAACAUUUCAAUUUGAAGGGUACUUUAAGGAUUGCUUUUCAACAUUUGAAAAUAUUAUUUGCCACGAGAAAAGCUAUUCGGUCGACUGUAUUGUUAUUCAUGUCUUGGGCGUUCCUCGGAAUAUCAUACCCAUUAUACUCGUCUUUCCUCCCACAAUACUUGGCAACUAGAGGAGCCAACAUUUCUGCAGAUACGAUAGGUGGAGUUUAUCGUGAUAAUUUAAUAGCCAACGUUUGCUCAAUAGGUGGACCCAUAAUUGCCGGUUUGCUCCUUCUUUUCUUCCCAAGAUUGGGACGUCGUGGUGUUCUUUUCAUUGGAGGUAUAUCAACAAUGGCAUUGUUAUUUGGUUAUACUGCUGUUCGUACAAGAGGUCAAAACGUUGGAUUGACAUCAAGUGUGUUUUGUUGCUUAUAUAUCUAUUACGGAGUUCUAUUUGCUUAUACUCCGGAAGUCAUGCCUUCGGCAGCAAGAGCAACUGGAAACUGUUUAUGUCUUUUCGCAACCAGAGUAUGUACAGCUAUGGUUCCUAUUAUUGCAUAUUAUUCAAACACAGCAAGUGCCAUACCUAUUUGGAUAUGUGGAGCGUUUGUUGGUGUGAUUGGUGUUAUUGCAUUAUUCUUACCAUUUGAACCAAGUAAGCAAAGAGCAGUAUAA